GUGUCGCCAUCUCUCCGCGGAGCCUCACACUUCGAACAUUACUUAACAAUUUCAUAAUACCUCAUUAAAUAUUCAUUAUCUCGAAAACCAGUAAACAAUAAGGCUAAAAAUACCAACAAUGGUUCUGUGAACGAUAUUUAACAAGCGGGGUGAAGGUGGCAUGUUACUCGCCGAGACGUUCUCCUGACAGUCCGCCAGUGAGGUUAUGUCCGUCAAAAUUCCACCAAACUGCUUCAAACCCAAAGUUCGCGCUAUCUAGCCCACUCUCAAACAUGCAACGUGAAAAUUUACGGGAGAACAUGUUGCUGGGCAUGGGAAACCCCUUACUGGACAUCUCCGCCACGGUGGACAAGGACUUCCUAACCAAAUACAACAUGAAAGAGAACAACGCGAUCUUGGCCGACGAGUCGCACAAAAAUCUCAACUCGGAAAUGAUCGAAAAGUACAAAGCGGAGUUUAUAGCCGGCGGCAGCGUCCAGAACAGUCUCCGAGUGGCGCAGUGGCUGCUCCAGAAGCCCAAAGUGACCACGUUUUUCGGGUGCGUCGGGACUGAUAAAUACUCCCAGAUUUUGAAAGACAAGGCGAAAGCCGACGGUGUUAACGUGGUGUAUCAGUACAACGACAAGGUCCCCACAGGGACCUGUGCCGUGCUUAUCACGGGCACGAACCGCUCCUUGUGUGCCAACUUAGCAGCGGCGAACUGCUUCACAAUUGAUCAUAUCAGAGACCCGGAAAAUCGCAAGUUGUUAGAGAGUGCACAAUAUUUUUACAUCUCGGGGUUCUUCAUCACCGUGAGUCCGCAAAGCAUACUCGAAGUUGCGAAACAUGCCUUGGCCAACGAUCGCCCCUUUAUUAUGAAUCUCAGCGCGCCGUUCAUUUCACAAUUCUACAAGGAGCCUCUGAUGCAAGCGAUGCCUUACGUUGACCUCUUAUUUGGGAACGAAACGGAGGCGGAGACGUUCGCCAACGAGCAGAACUUCGGCACGAAAGACUUAAAAGAGAUCGCUUUGAAAAUCUGCAAUCUUCCAAAGCAGAACGAGAACCGAUCGCGCGUCUGCGUCAUCACCACGGGGCACAACCCGGUGAUCCUCGCCCGUGAGGGGAAAAUCAGCGAGUUUCCCGUCGAUGUUCUGAGCAAGGACAAGCUGGUUGACACCAACGGAGCUGGCGACGCGUUCGCUGGCGGCUUCCUCUCGCAGUACAUCCAAGGGCAGAGUCUGGACGUUUGCGUGCGAUGCGGCAUCUGGGCGGCGUCGCAGAUCGUGCAGAGGAGCGGGUGCACCUUCAGCGGGAAGGCCAAUUUCCAACCUUAGCAAUAGUAUUCAGGGCUUAGUACUUAGUUUUUUUAUCGCACUGUUGAGUAAGCACCAAUAAACUGUUGAAUGAAA